CCACCACCACAACAAGCCCUUGACGCAGCCCUUUUUUUUCUCUAUAAAACCCUCACCAAACUCAUCUCCAUUUUUCAGGCCACACCAAUUUUUCUCACACAAAGAAAGAAAAAAGUGACCUGAAAAUUUUCUCAUUUCACAUUUCUCAAUUCUCAUAUCUCAUCACAACAAAGCAAAGCAAACACAUUUUCCACUAUGGCUAUCUCUUCCACUGCCACAUCCCUCAAAUCAUUAACCCCUCAAACCCACUCCCUCAUUCCCUCUUCCACCAAACUCAACCAAUCUCCAUUCUCCAGGCCCAAGCCCAAACCCGGGCCCAAUUCCUCCAUCUUCGCCGUCCACGCCGCCGAGCCUGCAAAAAACCCCGUCGUCUCCACCGACAAGCCGCAGAUUCCACCGCAACCCACCGCCUCCACCGCCGUCCGAAAUGCCGGGACCGGUAAAUGGACCGUUGAGAGCUGGAAAUCGAAGAAGGCUUUGCAGCUACCUGAGUACCCGAGCCAGGAGGAGCUUGACGCCGUGCUCCAAACCCUCGACGCGUUCCCGCCGAUCGUGUUCGCCGGAGAAGCCCGGACGCUUGAGGAUCAUCUCGCACAGGCCGCCAUGGGAAACGCUUUCCUCCUUCAGGGUGGUGACUGCGCUGAGAGCUUCAAGGAGUUCAAUGCCAACAACAUUCGUGACACGUUCCGUAUCAUUCUUCAGAUGAGUGUUGUCAUGAUGUUCGGUGGCCAAAUGCCUGUCAUCAAGGUUGGAAGAAUGGCGGGUCAAUUUGCGAAGCCGAGAUCGGAUUCGUUUGAGGAGAAGAAUGGUGUGAAGCUUCCGAGUUACAGGGGAGAUAACAUCAAUGGGGAUACGUUUGAUCUGAAGUCAAGGACUCCGGAUCCACAGAGGAUGAUCAGGGCUUAUUGCCAAGCUGCGGCGACGCUCAAUCUUCUCAGAGCUUUUGCCACUGGAGGGUAUGCUGCUAUGCAGAGGGUUACUCAAUGGAAUCUGGACUUCACUCAGCAGAGUGAGCAGGGAGAUAGGUACCGAGAGCUUGCUAACCGAGUUGAUGAGGCCCUUGGGUUCAUGGCUGCUGCUGGGCUCACAGUGGACCAUCCCAUAAUGAAAACAACUGAUUUCUGGACAUCUCAUGAAUGCUUGUUAUUGCCAUAUGAACAAUCCCUUACUAGGUUGGAUUCAACAUCUGGUCUCUACUAUGAUUGUUCAGCCCACAUGAUUUGGGUUGGGGAGCGAACCAGGCAGCUGGAUGGUGCCCAUGUUGAGUUUCUUAGAGGAGUUGCUAAUCCCUUGGGAAUUAAGGUAAGUGACAAGAUGGAUCCAAAUGAGCUUGUCAAACUCAUUGAGAUCUUGAAUCCCCAAAACAAAGCAGGGAGAAUAACAAUAAUCACGAGGAUGGGAGCUGAGAACAUGAGAGUGAAGCUUCCACAUUUGAUUAGGGCAGUGCGCAGAGCAGGACAAAUUGUCACAUGGGUCAGCGAUCCUAUGCACGGAAAUACCAUUAAGGCUCCAUGUGGUCUCAAAACUCGUCCCUUCGAUGCCAUCAGGGCUGAAGUGCGAGCAUUCUUUGAUGUGCAUGAACAAGAAGGAAGCCACCCGGGUGGAGUUCAUCUAGAGAUGACGGGUCAGAACGUGACUGAGUGCAUUGGUGGGUCGAGAACAGUCACCUUCGAUGACCUGAGCUCACGUUACCACACACACUGCGACCCAAGGCUCAAUGCUUCUCAAUCUCUUGAGCUUGCUUUCAUCAUCGCUGAACGGCUAAGAAAGACUAGGAUCAAGACACAGCAACCUCUUGCCCCUUUAGGACUGUGAAAAGGGCUUUGAAAUGAACCCCAACAAAAUACCUUUGUUUUUUUUGCUCUAUAUUUAUCGAUGGCUACUACUUUGUUGUUGUUACACAUGGAUGUGGACUUGGUCCUCGGUUACUUAGUUAGCUAUGUUGUGCACUGUGUUUGUAUGUGUAUACUGCCUUGUAAUGCUUUGAGCUUGGAAGGACAUGAGUCAAUUAUUAAUAAAGGAAGCGAAAAAGUUUCGAUUGCAUUGA